AUGUUAUCGCGGGUAUCUGCGGGCUCUAGGACCACUUUGACUCAAUGGGUCCGAGCACAAAAAUCUAUCCGUGGAUACGCACAAGUCGUUUCGGCGACUGGUAGUUACGGAAACAAGAAGGUGUCAAUGUCAAAUCUGGAAAAAGAUAAAUACAUCAAUUAUCAACGGAUCGAAGAUAAUUUGGCCAUAGUGAAAAAGAGACUUGGACGACCAUUGACACUCUCCGAAAAAAUAGUCUACGGGCACUUGGAUGAUCCCGUGAACCAAGAAAUAAUUCGCGGUAAAUCGUAUUUGAAUCUCCGGCCUGAUCGUGUUGCAUGUCAAGACGCGACCGCUCAAAUGGUACUUCUGCAAUUUAUAUCGGCUGGUAUACCUAACGUCGCUGUGCCUACAACUGUUCAUUGUGAUCACUUGAUCGAGGCGCAAAUUGGUGGCAAUCAAGAUUUAUCACGCGCCAAAGAUAUCAAUAAGGAAGUUUAUGAUUUCUUGGCGACCAGUUCGGCAAAAUAUGAUAUUGGGUUUUGGCGACCUGGGUCUGGCAUUAUUCAUCAAAUUGUCUUGGAAAAUUAUGCGUUCCCCGGUGGUCUUAUGAUUGGUACUGAUUCGCAUACUCCGAAUGCCGGUGGUUUGGGUAUGGUGGCGGUUGGUGUUGGCGGUGCUGAUGCUGUAGAUGUUAUGGCGGGUAUUCCAUGGGAAUUGAAAUGUCCUAACGUGAUUGGAGUCAAACUAACUGGAAAAAUAAGCGGCUGGACUGCACCAAAAGAUGUUAUUCUUAAAGUAGCCGGUAUUCUAACAGUAAAGGGUGGCACUGGUUCCAUCGUGGAAUACUUUGGACCUGGUGUCGAGUCUUUAUCGUGUACUGGUAUGGCUACAGUUUGUAAUAUGGGUGCUGAAAUCGGUGCUACAACUUCGCUAUUUCCUUUCAAUAGUCGUAUGGGCGAUUACCUUCGUGCAACGAAACGAGGUGAAAUUGCUGCGUACGCCGAAAGUUUCGCGCAUAACCUACGUGCCGACGAAGGAGCGCAAUACGAUCACGUCAUAGAGAUUAACUUGUCAGAAUUAGAGCCGCACCUUAACGGGCCAUUUACACCCGAUCUCGCAACACCACUAAGUAAAUUCAAGGAUGCAGUCGAAAAGAAUAAAUGGCCACCGGAGAUAAAGGUGGGCUUAAUUGGUUCAUGUACUAAUUCCUCGUAUGAAGAUAUGAGCCGGGCUGCCUCGAUCGCCCAAGAAGCGCAUAAUCAUGGAUUGAAAACGAAAUCUAUAUUCACAAUCACACCCGGUUCGGAACAAAUUCGCGCGACAAUUGCGCGUGAUGGUCAAGAAGAAAUUCUAAAGAAUGUCGGUGGUCUUGUUUUAGCUAAUGCAUGUGGCCCCUGUAUUGGACAAUGGGAUCGUCAAGACGUGAAAAAAGGAGAGAAAAAUACAAUCGUUACAUCCUAUAAUCGUAAUUUCACUGGUCGUAACGAUGCAAAUCCCGCCACACAUGCUUUCGUCACAUCGCCCGAUCUCGUAACAGCGAUGGUUUUCGCAGGUGACCUUCGUUUCAAUCCAGCCACUGAUACACUUAUCGGCGCUGACGGAAAACCUUUUAAAUUUACCGAGCCUCAUGGUACAGAAUUACCACCACGUGGCUAUGAUCCCGGCGAGGACACCUAUCAGGCACCACCACCAGCUCGCUCGAACAUAAACGUGCUUAUUAGUCCAGAGAGUGCUCGUCUUCAAUUUCUAGAACCGUUCAAAAAAUGGGAUGGAAAAGAUCCUGAAGAAAUGCCAAUUUUGAUAAAGGUUAAAGGAAAAUGCACGACAGAUCACAUUUCCAUGGCUGGUCCCUGGCUUAAAUUCCGUGGUCAUUUGGAUAAUAUAUCAAACAAUAUGUUGAUUGGCGCUGUUAAUGCUGAGAAUAACGCUGUUAACAACGUCAAGAACAUUCUCACUAAUGAAUACGAUACUGUACCGUCCGUUGCUCGGCAAUACAAAGCAAAUGGAAUCGGUUGGGUUGUCAUAGGAGACGAAAAUUACGGCGAAGGUUCCUCUCGUGAACAUGCAGCACUCGAAGUACGCCAUUUAGGAGGCGUCGCCGUAAUAGUGAAAUCAUUUGCACGUAUCCAUGAGACUAAUCUCAAAAAACAAGGUCUUUUGCCACUCACCUUUGUCAAUUCAUCUGACUACGAUAAAAUAGACCCGUCCGAUAAAACCUCCAUAAUCGGCCUGUCUUCCUUCGCCCCCGGAAAGACGUUGACUCUGCGACUUCACAAGGCAAAUGGUGCGACCGUGGAUGUUCCAGUAAAUCACUCUUUCAAUCAAAAUCAAAUCGAAUGGUUCAAGGCAGGUUCAGCUUUGAAUCGUAUGGCCGAAAAAGCAAAAUAA